CCCGUCUCGAUUCGACAAUUUCGGUUCACGGGAGCGCGUACCCAAAAGUCGCAUGCGCAGAAGGUCGAACCGGGAGGUGAUGGGAAAGGUGGCGGGACAGGCUUCAUUGGGCAAGCCCUAACCCAGCUGCUGAAAUCCAGGGGCCACGAGGUGACCCUGGUCUCCCGACGCCCGGGGCCCGCCCGGAUCACGUGGGAGGAGCUCGCCUGGUCGGGGCUGCCGAGCUGCGAUGCCGUGGUCAACCUGGCCGGAGAGAACAUCCUCAACCCUCUCCGAAGGUGGAAUGAAGCCUUCCAAAAAGAGGUUCUCAGCAGCCGCCUGGAGACCACCCAAAUGCUAGCAAAAGCCAUCACCAAAGCCCCACAAGCACCCCAGGCCUGGAUUGUAGUCACAGGCGUAGCUUACUACCAGCCCAGCCUGACUGCAGAGUAUGAUGAGGCCAGCCCAGGAGGAGAUUUCGACUUUUUCUCCAAACUUGUGACCAGAUGGGAAGCUGUAGCCAGGCUUCCCGGAGAUUCUACACGUCAGGUGGUGGUACGCUCUGGGGUUGUGCUGGGCCGUGGAGGUGGUGCCAUCGGCCAUAUGCUGCUGCCCUUCCGUCUGGGCCUGGGGGGCCCCAUCGGCUCAGGCCGCCAGUUCUUCCCUUGGAUUCACAUCAGGGACCUGGUAGGAAUCCUGACCCAUGCCCUUGAAGCAAACCACGUGCAGGGGAUCCUCAAUGGAGUGGCUCCAGCCUCCACCACUACCAGUGCUGAGUUUGCCCGAGCCUUGGGUGCUGCCCUGGGCCGCCCAGCCUUCAUCCCUGUCCCCAGCACUGUGGUACAAGCUGUCUUUGGGCAAGAACGUGCCAUCAUGCUGCUGGAGGGCCAGAAGGUGGUCCCACGGCGGACACUGGCCACUGGCUACCAAUAUUCCUUCCCAGAGCUGGAGGCCGCCUUGAAGGAAGUCGUAGCCUAAGUAGAAAAGCUCAUGACAGGAGGCCAGGCCUGUCCCUUGACAGAGGCUCCCUGAUUAGAUACUGUGAAUAGCCUCGGGUAGUCCUCUACCUGAGAGAUCCCAUCUGGUUCUUUGGGAUUCCUCUCCCAUUCCUCUCUUCCCCAUUGUUCUGUCACUCCACCUUAUUUAACAAAUUCUCCAGUCUCAAGGCUGUAUCUCAUCAAGUUGGGACUUGAACCUCUUUGAGUCCAUGUAAGAAAAUUUCCAAGUUUGGUUUCUCUGUGUCACAUUGUUGCCCUAGUUCUUUGUGCUAUGUAGAGUGCUCUGCAGUUUUGGCAAUAAAGAUAAAUUAUCCAGCUGGC